AUGUUUGCGACACUCGCCAGAAGGGCUGCACAGGGCUCCAAGACCCAGUCCAGUGCCGAGUACAUCCGCAUGAUCAAGGAGCUCUACCCGACCAAAAAGGUCUGGCCGCCAGAUUUCCAGAAGCUGUCGCCGCAGGAGCAGCUCAAGUUUGAGAAGAAGUUCAAGAGGAGGCUGGCCAUCAAGGCUGAACGGCCGGCAUGGGACAAGACCAUCAAGCUGGCGCAGCUUUUCACCGUCACAACUGUUAUCAUAUACUCGGCUCUGUUCAUGGACUGGAAGCAGGAGCACCAGCCAUUUGAUGGCGUAGGUCUAGUCUACUAUGCAAGCCGCUCAAAGAUCACGUCGUGA